AUGGUCAAUUUAGAUAUUAAAUCCAUCCGAUACCUAUCACAGGACGACUUUAGAGUACUUACAGCUGUAGAAAUGGGAUCAAAAAAUCAUGAACUUGUUCCAACUUCUUUAAUUUCUCAAAUUUCAAAAUUAAAAGGAAGUAAUGAACAAAAAUGCAUUAGUAAAUUGGCAAGAAAUGGUCUUAUUUCUAAGAUCAAGAACGCAAAAUGUUUAUAUUACUUAAUAUUUUAUUUAAAGCUUUAUAUUAAUUUUUUAGAUGAUGGAUACCGGCUUACAUACGCUGGAUAUGAUUAUUUAGCAUUGAAAUCGUUUUCAAAAAGAGAAUACAUAUAUUCUAUUGGAAAUAAAAUUGGAGUUGGUAAAGAAUCAGAUGUUUACGUUGUUUCAGAUAAAACAGGAAAGCAAAUGGUUCUUAAGAUACAUAGACUUGGAAGAAUAUCAUUUAGAAGCGUUAAAUUAAAACGCGAUUAUCUUAAAAACAGAAAAUCUGCUAGUUGGAUGUAUAUGUCACGUUUAGCAGCAAAAAAAGAAUAUACAGUUAUGAAAGUACUGUAUGAAAACAAAUUUCCAGUUCCUCAACCUAUAGAUCAUGCUCGACAUUGUAUUAUUAUGGAGAAAAUUGAGGCAUAUCCUUUACAUAAAAUAGACAAUAUUGUACAUCCUGAAAAACUUUACAUAACUUUGAUGCAAUUAAUUGUAAAAUUGGCUAAUUACGGAUUAAUACAUGGAGAUUUUAAUGAAUUUAAUAUCUUACUUUAUGAAAAUGAAGAUCCUAUAAUGAUCGAUUUCCCACAAAUGAUUAGUAUUGAUCAUUUUAACUCUGAAGAAUAUUUUAAUCGUGAUGUUCAAUGCAUUAAAAAAUAUUUUCAAAAAAAAUUUCGCUUUGAAUCAGAUUACAUUCCUAUAUUUCAUAAGGAUGUGAAAAGAGAAAACAAUUUAGAUGCGCAAGUAAAAGCAGAAGGAUUUCCAAAAGAAUUAGCCAAAAAACUUAACAUGUACUUAAAAAAAAGCAAAUAUAGAGAAUUUAUAACGAAUAAUGAAUCAUCUUCCAGUACUGAAAAUAUAGAUGAUAUAUCUUCAGAGGAAAAUGGCGAAAAUUAUAAAAAUGAUGAAAUAUUAAACACAAACGAUGCUAGUCAGAAAUUAUAAAGCACCAUAUACAACUAUUUAAAAAACAUAAAUAUUCA